GUGGAGAAGAAAGGAAUACUACAGACAAAGGGAGACAUCAUGUGCCGAAACAUCAAAGAUCUCUGCCCGGAACCAGACUGUGAGCACCCGGUUCUCAAACUGGGCAAGUGUUGCAAGUCCUGUCCAGGCUCAGAGGAUUUCGAAUCCACUUUCACGCUGAAAAAGGGAGGAACCCUACCCAGUGAUGUCUACGCCUUUGACGAUAACAAAUUUUAUGAAGCUCAGGAGUUCCAGGCCCUUCUUGUGGGGCGUCAGGUCCUGGCAGGACCUGUCAAAACUCGAGCUGCAGCAGCGGCCCUUAUUCAGGUGCGACCACAAUCCUUCAUUCUCCAAGAUAUUCAUGGGAGUGUUCUUUUUGAGAAGUCGAUAAGAAGAGAUUUGAAAGGGGACAAAAAGGUGUGCGGAGCAUGGACCAAGAUACCUGGGUUUUACCUCAAGUAUUUCAGACAAGAGAAACUCUACGCAACAAUUACCACCUCUCGGUACCCACACGGAAUUGUGUCCGGUAAAAUUACCCCGAAAUCUCCAGCCAAUAAAGAGACAUUCAGCGCCAUUUUAACGUCUGCCAGAGCUGACGGAAGUGGCGGCUCCAUGUUGAUUAACUACGCCCCUGAAACGAGGCUACUUUCCUACACGACGACUCUGGAUGGCGUCAGGGGUUCAUGGAAAAGGGGCAGUUUUCACGUGGCCGUGCUGAAAGGAUCUAACGUUGUCUACCAGACUGGAGGCUCUAUGGUGGCCACGACUGGUAUCCUUUCGGGAUCUUGGAGACUGUCCAAACGACACCGGAAGCAGAUUGCACGCGGACGACUGCACGUGCGAGUUACAUUCUUGGAUCUUCCCAGUCUGGAAGGCGUCAUUCAACCCAGGCUGAGCUGCAGCGUUUUCCAGGCAGUGCUGUCCAGCAGUCAGACAGUUGACCACAAGAUGACCUAUUCAUCAGGUAGCGCCGUGCUUCGUCUGGGCGAGGACGGCAGACUGGAGUACUCGAUUCAGGUUUCUGGACCCCUGAGCAACAUCACAAGAAUCCGCUUAGAGGGAGCAGCUUCGAAGUUUGAGUACGGUCCCAAACUUGUUGGGAACCUAUUCAAGUCUGAUAGCUCUACUCAGAAGUUCCCGGUUGGGGAAUGGGUAAGAAAAUUGUUUAACAAUCUUAAAGAACGGCACCUAUCGGAAACUGGAAGCUGCAGAUGUGUUCCGUCUACUGAACGACCAGCUGUAUGUGAACAUCGCUACAACCAGACACAGAAUCAGCCAGCUUCGGGGAAAACUCGUCUCCUUCAACUACAAUGA